AUGCCCAACUGGCGCGACGAGUACGUAGCCUCCAUCAAAGAAGCAGACGAGGCUGAUCCGGUCAAUACAGCAUUGAUCCUUGCUUGCUCUACAUUACAAGACCAGGUUGCUGCUUUGCAGGCAGAAAAUGCACUCCUUAGGUCGACGACGGCUAAAGUCCCUGAAACAGAUCGACUGGAUUUAUCGAAUGUCCCAGAUGCAGAAACGCCCAGAGCUCAGCUGCGGGUUGACCUCACCGAAGCCCUUCGGUCGCAAGGAAAACUUCAACUACGCUUAAAGACUGCAGAAGAGGAAUUGGAAUCCCUGCGGCUUAGCAAUCGAACCGACAGCCGCACAAUUCGUACAUUGACAAACGAGCGAAAUGCACUCCUUAUCAAAGUCCGGGACAGAGAUGAAGAACUUCGCGGAAAGUCCAAAUUAGUGGAGGAUGUUCAAGACGAGCUUAUUGCGCUCAAUCUACAACUCAACAUUGCCGAGCAACAGAGAGACAAGAUUCGGGAAGAGAACAAGCAGCUGGUCGAUCGCUGGAUGCAGCGGAUGGGCCAAGAAGCCGAGGCCAUGAACAUUGCAAACGAGCCUUACUUCGCUAGAAGCUCAUGA